AAAAGGUUAUCAAAAACGAAAUAAAGCACACGCUAACAAAGUAAGGCUAAUAAUGCGGCAAAGUUGGCGGCAACAAAUCUGUUGUGCCUCAGGAUAUGAAGUCCUUAGACUGUUAGUUGAUGGUCCUGCUCUCAUCUCACAGCAAUACUUAGGUGCACUAUUCCCUGAACUGUGUUCAUGCCACAGAAUGCCGAAACAUUCGCGACGAGGUCAACACUUGGGGUAUCGCAGUGUCUGAUUUCUGAAUUGACUACUCAAAAUAAGUGCGACCAUGUUUGACGUGCUCAAUGCAAAAGUUUGGCUCCGCAAUUUGAACAUAUUGUGGUUCAUCGUAGAGACACAGAACAUUGAAAGCGGUAGCACAUUUUUUUAAAGCAGCAAUAUCUCUACUUUGCUAGCGAGAGUUGAGCGAUUGCGUAACAAUGUCUUCUUGGAACGAAUCGCCACUUAAUUCACUUCUGCAAAAAAUUGUCACCACGAGCACUCCAGCGCUUGAGUUUCAGCCUCAAGGUGCCGAGCUAGUAUACACGAUGAAUGGCGAUCCAUUGAACUUCAUUAACGAGCGCACUUUUCUUGUUUCGAGAAGUCAAAGAGCUUCCACUACGCUCCGGGAUGGAAAAAAAUUGUCUCUUUCGCAUGAGUUUUAGCUGUUGUCAGACGUACGCGGACAAUUUCUUCAGUAGCGCGAAUUCUGUAGCCAACACGGUCACUGCCGGUCAAAAUUAAAGCGCCUUUCCAUUUUAUUUCUUGAGAGUUCAAUACCGCCUUUCCAUCCGAUCCGGAUCAUUUUGCGGUCCAUUGCGGUCCAAUCCUGAAAGAUUAGUCGAAAAAUCAUGUGAAUAGGCAUCGAUUCCAAGAUAUCAGGUCCAGCCAACCCUCGAAAUACCUACAUGUAGAUACACGUACGUGAACCCAUAAUUCUAGAAUAUCAAGAUGCUUCAAUAAUACACAACAGCUCAUUGAUCUUUAUGCGUGUAAAUAUCCUUUUAAUAACCCACCUCGCGCAAUCUCGACAAAUGUCACAUUGUCAUGCGUCGGUUUUGCCAGACUGCGAACAUCUUAGAAGGAACGGC